AUGAAAGAAAAGACACCAGCAGAAGCAAAGCGAGGUGAUAUUGAAACCAAAUCACACUCGGGAUUAGUUUCCUCGUUCCAUGCAGAUGCUCCCACCUUCCAACCACGAAGUGGUUUUGUGGUAGGAAUGGGGGCUGGAGCUGGAACAGGAACUGUUACAGGCGUGGCUUCAAGUUCAGGAGGAGAUGUGGGGUCCGGGCUGACGGCCUCGGCACAGCCUUUUAUUCCAUCAGCAAUAAGGCACAACACUAGCACUACUAUUGAUCACGGUGAGCACGGAGGCUUUCAGAUGUCCUCCGUUGGUUAUUCUAAUUCCCAUAUAGGAAACCAAUCAGCAAGUGGUUCCAAACAGAAUAUGGUAUUCACUGGCUCAGGAAGCCUUCUAGGGGGAACUCCUCCUCAGGAUUCUGUGGGAUUUGGAGGGAUGGACCUUUCUGGUAAUGCCUCUGUCUCAGAUGGGACUAUGGGUGUUGUUGGUGGUAUUUCUGGAUCGGAAUAUGAAGGUUUGUUAAUUGGGGGGACAACUUCUGGACAAAAGUCCAGCUCAAGCUUGCAAGAGGAAUCACAAUCUUCUUUGGGAGGAAGUAUCCAUGGUAUUCAAUACAAUUCCGGAACUGGAUCUGGGACAGGGAGCUCAGGAACCAGUGGUUUCCAGAGCCAUAACAUGAAUGGUCUUGACUCCACAAACUAUUAUGGAGACUCAGGUAACCACACAGUGGGUCAUAACCAAUCUAUAACAACUGCGUCAGGAGCAGGGACUGUAUCUGGAGGAGCUGUUGGAGGACUGGGUUUGGGGGUUGGUGUAGGAGUUGGAGGGUCAGGGUCUUCUGCAGGAAUGAAUCAACAUCACCACUCACACCCCAAUAUAUUGGAUCUCUCUGAAUAUUGUAGAAGAGUUAGAGGCUGGAAUCUACCGUUUCUGAGAACAAUCCCACAAAUGAAUGCCAUUACCCAAAUAAGACAUGAAUUACAACUACAAAAUAUUUCUCUCUUACUGACUCAAAACGACAUUAUUUCGGCCAACCAAGUCCACAGUGGUAGCUCCGGAGAAGGAGGUGGUGAUGGAGGUUCCGGAAACGGAUCAGGAGGUAUCGGCCAGCAUUAUGUGCCUCCCAUUGUACAAAGGAUUUUCUAUGGACUUUGUUUACUUGAUGACUCAAAUGUACCUUCGACCACAAGGUUUUGUGGUUACCAAACAUACGCCUAUAAAGCAAUUAAUGUGGAAGACUACUCAGCAUAUUGCCUGAGAAGAAUAGAUGGGUUUCCUCUGUCCGAAUUUGACACAUUGAGACCUCUUUUGGAGAGAUGGCAAAAGCUUGCUCAGCACCCAUGCAUAGUAUCCUAUAGACAGAGCUUCGCAUCUUUGGAUUUUUCCCAGGGCUCAUUAGUAGCUGUUUACGAUUACAUACCAAAUGCGAGUACAAUGGAAUCUGUACACUUUAAGGAACCAAUUGGAGAGCCUUUACUGUGGAAUUAUAUUAUUCAGAUAGUCCUGGCUCUGGUUCACAUCCAUAGUUCUCAGCUUGCAGCCAGAGUGAUAGAUCCAACUAAACUAUUAAUUUCCUACAGAGGUAGACUACGUCUGAACUGUGUAGGAAUUUUAGACCUGACAAGGGUGGAUGAGUCUAAAACUAUCUUGGAUUACCAGAAACAAGACUUGGUCGCUUUAGGCUAUAUAAUUCUCGCCUUGUGUUGUGGAUCACUAACAAUUAUUAAUGACCUAAACCAUGCAGUAGAGCAAAUCUUUUUGAAAUCGUCCUUAUAUUCAAAUGACCUUAAGAAGUUGGUACUUAUUCUUCUGUCAAAACCUGCUCUAAACAAAAAUAACCUGGAUGUUUUUAUAUUGGCCAAUAUGCUAGCAGCCAGGAUGAUUCCUCAAAUUGAGCACAGCCUAAAACUCACAGAUGCUUUGGAAAACGAAUUUAGAAAAGAAAUUGACAAUGGAAGACUCUUUCGGCUUCUUACCAAAAUCAACACAAUUGCGGACAGAACACAACUUAAUGCUAUCCACAAAUGGAACGAAACCGGUGACAGGUACAUUUGCAAGCUUUUUAGAGAGUACUUAUUCCAACAGACUGAUAGCCAGGGAAGACCAGUGAUAGACAUGGGUCAUAUCCUAGAUUCUCUUGCUAAAGUUGACGUUGGAACCAGCGAAACCAUCACUCUCAUGUCCAGCGAUGGGUCCUCUAUCCUACUCGUCUCAUUUGCUGAUAUUAAACAUUCCAUCGAAAAGUCUUUCUGUGAAAUUAUUGCAGCUACCACAUCCAGCUCCAAUUUCCACGACUUAUAG